CAACACACAUUUGCCAUUAUGGAUAAACUUAACUACAGCAAAUGUCCUUUGAAAAAGCGACCCAUCAUGAUGGUGAAAAAGGAAUAUAUGGAUACCACAGAUAUUGGACUUGAUCAUGAUGAAGGUCCUGUGGAUUUGAGCAAAGCCUCCAGUACGCUCCCCACCACAUUCAUACCCAAAUAUGAACAGGAUGAUGUGGUGCCCGUCUCGCCCUUGGAUUUACAAGCCAAAUUCAAUGCCCAAAGCAAAGAAGAUUUGGCCCGACGCAUUUGGGAAGAGACACGUGAAAUUGCUCGUGCCUUUCCCGAUGUUUUCACCAAAGAGGAAAUUGCUCGCAGCUUGGCCCGUUUGGGUUAUGGUGAAUUCCCCUUUCCUCAAACCAAUAACGAGACCGAGGAAAUAUCUAAAACACCCUCACCACCACCACAACCAGCCAUGCCAACACCAGACAGUUUUUAUGGUGCCACAAUUAAACAGGAACCUCAGGAAAAUUCCUAUGCCAUAAUCAAUGACUCUCCAGCCGCACAACCCUUGAAUGGCCUAAGGAAUUUCAAUAAUAACUUAAUGAAAAGUAUUGCCGAAUAUGAGGAUUGUUUAAGGCCACAAAAUUUCUCAAGAGAAACCUCACCAAAACCCCUGCAAGACAGUGAACCAUAUGCUGCCACAGCCUAUGAACCCGAAGAUUUAUCGUACAGGCCACAAAUACAGCCAGCCAAGAAGGUGUUGGGAGAAAAUGUGAAUUUACACAAUGUGGCCCGCGCCUUACUGGGUCUACAGAAUUUCAAGCCAGAAGUCAAUCCACUUACACAAAACUCCAAUAACAUCAUGAACAACAACAGCACCACCAACACCGGUGAGAUUUUGAAACCCCUUGCCAAUGGUAAUCUCAAUUUGAAAUUGAAAACCUCCAAUGAUUUGUAUUAUCAAUGCCAGCAGUGCAACAAAUGUUAUGCCACCUAUGCCGGCUUGGUGAAACAUCAACAAAGUCAUGCCUUUGAAAGCACGGAAUAUAAAAUCAUACGCAGCAAUCCAGAGGGUGGUUCCAUUACUCAUGAUUCUACGGAAUUUACGACAGAUCAAGCUGCUGCCCUCAUACAAGCCUCCGCCCUGGCCUCAUCACAGUCGAUGCAAAAACCCGUGGGUGUACCCCGCUAUCAUUGCAAUGAUUGUGGCAAAUCCUAUUCCACCUUUUCGGGCCUGACAAAACAUCAACAAUUCCAUUGCCCUGCUGCUGAGGGCAAUCAAGUGAAAAAGGUUUUCAAUUGCAAGAACUGUGAUAAAACCUAUGUGUCCUUGGGUGCUCUGAAAAUGCACAUUCGCACUCACACCUUACCUUGCAAAUGUCCGAUAUGUGGCAAAGCCUUCUCCCGUCCAUGGCUGUUGCAGGGACACAUACGCACCCAUACGGGAGAGAAACCCUUUAGCUGCCAACAUUGCAACCGUGCCUUUGCCGAUCGUUCAAAUCUACGCGCCCAUAUGCAAACUCAUUCCGAUGUUAAGAAAUAUUCCUGUCCAACCUGCACGAAAUCCUUCUCACGUAUGUCCUUGUUGGGUAAACAUUUACAAAAUGGUUGUCAAUCAUCAUCGCCACCUCAUAGUGGUAAUGAGUCCUCGGCAUCGCUAUCUCCCACUCACACUCCAUCGACAGAGACUGUUAUUGCUGGUGGGUUCAAUCAACAGCAAUUGCAACAACAUUUACAAGAAUUACAACAGCAGCAACAACAACACAAUUUCUUGCAACAACAUGGUAAUCAUUCUCCCAUCUAUGAUGAAAAUAUGAAUCCUGCCAACAACCAGCAGUCUGGUGAACAACAGCCGCAGCAGCGUAUUUAUUAUGCCGGCAGUGUUGAUAGCAGUGAUCAGGACACCGAAGAAGAUUAUCAAAUGCAGGAAAAUGUCCAUCCGCUAAUACAUCAAAUGAGUGAUUAUUAGG